UAUUUUUGGUUGAACAAAUGUCGAAAUUAGAUAAAAAUGUAAUAGAGGAAGACACCGUUUCCAGAAAUUCAUCAGCAGGUCGAGACGACAAAUUGGACUCUUUAUUUUCCAAAGUUGAACAAGAUUGUUUAUCAGUUUUUCGCAAAACAGAAAAUACAACAUCAACAUGUAUGGUAAAACAGAAGUCGAAAUUAACUAAAAGUGCACUCGAAGAACAUAAUAAUAUCGCUCUCAAAGAAACACCAACAGAAGUAAACGAAAAUAUACAAUUUUUAUUUUCCAAACUUAUCUGUGCUUCCGAACUUUUAUGUUCUUCCAAAACAGAAAAUGCAACGUCAACAUGGAUGGUUAAACAGACAUCGGAAUUAAUUAAAAAUGUAACAGGAGAAGAUACUGCUUUCAAAGAAACACCAACAGAAAUAGAAAUGGAAAUAAAAGAACCACAACAGAAUACUGAAAUUAAGUUGGACAAAUUCACAAAACGUAUUCUGCAGCAUCUUAAAUUAAGAAAUGUACUUCGGACAGCGGUACAUGAUGUUAUGAUUGACAACAGAUCUAUAUCAGACGUAGCAGGAACAAGAGCAAUUAUUAUUAAAAUCCUUAGAGAUUUGGAUAAAUCUUCAAGAUAA